GAGAUAUAUAAAUCCAGUUUUCCAACAUUAGUCAAAAACAGUACUCCUAAUAAUGAAGCAGCACCAUUUCGUUGUCAUUUCUCUUCCCGCCCAAGGCCACAUUAAUCCCACUCUCCAGCUCGCCAAAAACCUCUCACGCGCCGGUGCUCGCUGCACCUUUGUCACCACCGUCAAUGGCUUCCGCAAGCUGAACAACCUCCCUUCCAUCGAAGGUUUAUUCUACGCUUCCUUCUCCGACGGCAACGACGACGGCUUAGCUAAAACGGACAUCACUGCUUACUUGAAAGAGUUAAAGCGCGUGGGAUCGGAAAAUCUCAAAAUCCUUCUCGGUAAACUUGACGGCGACGGUCAUCCAGUUACUUUCUUAGUUUACACAUUUCUCAUCCCUUGGGUUGCAGAGGUGGCGCGUGAGAUUAACGUGCCGUCAGCUUUUUCAGCAAUUCAAUCUGCUACUGCUUUUGCGAUUUAUCAUCAUUUGUUUUCCAUCCAUAACAAUGGAGUUUACAGCUCUACUAGUGAAGAAAAUGAGCUCUCAUUCCCAAUCAAAUUACCGGAAUUGCCCCUGUUUUCGCGCGAUGAUAUUCCUUCCGUCCUGUUGCAGAAUGGUCCUUACUCUUCUUUCAUGAUCCCUAUAAUGAGAGAACACAUACAAAAUCUCGAACACGAUCCUAAUCCUUGUGUUCUCAUCAACACUUUUGACAAAUUAGAAGAGAAAUCCUUGAAAAUUCUCGACAAAAUUGGGAUCUACUCGAUUGGGCCUUUGAUUCCUUCAGCUUUUUUCGAUGGAAAUGAAAUAGAAGAAGACAAGUCUUUUGGGUGUGAUUUGUUUGAAAAAUCUGAAACUUAUUGCCAGUGGCUAGAUUCGAAAUCCGAAGGUUCGGUUGUUUAUGUAGCAUUUGGGAGUAUAGCAAUGCUGAAAGAGGAGCAGAAGGAAGAGGUUUUGCAGGGUUUAUUGGAAAGUGAAAGGCCAUUUUUAUGGGUAAUUAGAUCAAGCAAAGAAGAUGACAAGAUUAAGAAGGAUGAAAACUAUAGGUUAAAUGGAAAAGGGAUGAUAGUUCCUUGGUGUUCACAAAUAGAGGUACUUUUUCAUAAGUCGAUCGGGUGUUUCGUGAGUCAUUGUGGAUGGAAUUCGACUUUAGAAAGCAUGGUAGCUGGCGUGCCGCUGAUUGGAUUCCCACAAUUCUCCGACCAAAUGACGAACAUCAAGAUGGUGGAGGAAGUUUGGGGAACAGGAGUGAGAGCAAGAGUUGCAAAAGAAGAAGGAAUUGUGAAAAGAGAAGAGUUAAAGAUGUGUUUGGAAGUUUUAAUGGGAGAUGGAGAGAAAGGAAAUGAAAUCAGAAGGAAUGUGAAGAGAUAUAGAGAUUUGGCUAUGGAUGCUGUGAAAGUGGGAGGUUCUUCAUAUAAUAAUUUGAACAAGUUUUUGGAGAGUUUGUGAGGCAUUUCUAUUUCAGACUCCAUCUGUAAAAUUAUUUUGCUAUUUCAAUUGAUGUCAAUUUUAUUAGUUA